AUGCUACAAAAUUUUAUCAAUCUUAUAUUAUUCGCUUUGCUGAUAGCACCACAGGGUGGUCUAUUAGUUUAUGCUCAAGACACAGAUAGUGGUAUUGUAAGUUUAAGUAAUGCUAGUACUGGUUGGUUUGUCUGUAGUAAGCAAAAUACGAAUUAUAUAGUAGUACCGAACUCUGCAGCUGCAAAUGAUGUAUCUGGUUUAACUGUGCAGGCACACCAACCUCCUACUUUCCCUCAAUUCGGUCUCUUGACUUUCGCUACAAAUUUUUCUGGUAUUAGUCAAUUUCGAGAUCCCAACAGUGCAUCUUACAUCUAUAUUGCUGCUCUAUCAUGUGCUGAUACAGCUGUUCUUAAUUGCUCUCCUAAUCCACAAACUUUUAAUACUACAAAUAUAAUAUGUUUGGCUGUGUCGAAUCCUAAUAAUUGUGAAAUGCAUUUUUCAUAUAGUAUAUCAUUCACAUCUGGCGUAGGGUAUCCUCCAUUAACUGUUUUUGGUUCUCAGCCCUCUAGUUGUCCUACAACAACUACAUCAUCACCACCUUCGGUGUCAACUGUUGAUCCUGCAGUUUAUAAUGGACAAGCUUUACCUCAAAACUCAGGAAGUGUGAAUUGGUCCAAAAAUUCUAAUAAAACACCAAAUGCCAACACUGGGGGUAAUGACAAUC